AUGCCAUCCGUGGGACAAUGCCUGUUGACCUGCAGCGACUGCUGCUCCGUCAAUACGAGCGCAACGUCUGCAACUCCGGGCGGCUUGUGGGAGUGCAGCAAGUGCCUGGACGAGAUGCGGCUAAUGCAGAGGCUGGCGAUCAGCGGACUCCUGUCCGUGAUACUGAUCGUCCUUCUGACCGGCACGUUCGUCACGCGUCGCGACCUGGCGAACGUCGUGGAGCGUGGCGUGGCGCCGGACGAACAGCAACUGAACCCCGCCUGGGUGCAGAGCAACGUGAUUCCUGGCCAGGACGAGCCGAAACCCGAAGAUAAGGAUCGACGGGUGGACUCGAAGCACAAACAGGCCGAGCCGUCCGCGGUCGGACCCCCGCCGGUUCCCGUUCCCGGACCCUACGUCAUUAAACCGCCUAAUCCACCCCUGGAUGACGUGACUAAUCAGCGCCGCGAGAAGAUCAAAGAGAUGAUGAAACAUGGCUGGGACAACUACGUGAGGUACGCCUGGGGAAAGAACGAGCUGAGACCGAUCUCGAAGAGAGGUCACAGCGCCAGCAUCUUCGGCGUUUCGAAUCUUGGUGCGACCAUCGUCGACGGCCUCGACACCCUCUACAUCAUGGGUCUUCACGACGAAUUCAAGCAGGGCCGGGACUGGAUCGCCGAGAACCUCGACUUCGAUAUCUUGUUUCGAGCAAUUCAAUCUAUGAACGAUAAGCUAGAAAUCUCUUUUUCUAUUGCUCUUACUCUUAUCCAUUUGAUGAUAAUAUUUUUUAACAACUACCACGGGCAGCUAGUGAUCGACAAUGGCUUGGACGUGUUUCACGAAUCCUAUGAUUCUACGUGGCAUUGCAUUCCUGUGAAAGCACAAAAAUUGUUACUGUUCAUCAUGCUGCGGAGUUCGGACGAAUGCGCGUAUAAUCUCUCCGGAUUAUUCGUCCCGUGUUACACAGGCUUGUCUGCGAUGAUUAGUACAUCGUUCUCCUACCUUACCCUGAUGCUCUCGAUACAGUAA